GUGUUUUGACGAGCGAAGGGCAUUAACAUUCCAUGGGAGACUACUCUAGUCACCAAAGCUGUCUACAAGCGAAUCCGGCAGACGAGCGAUGACUUGAACGUUCGCUGUCAUAAUCUGUCCCAAACAUCUUUAAAUGGGGUACCAAGUGGUGGGAACAUGGCGCCAGGUCCUACACUGGGGACCACUUAUUGCUCUGUCAGUCAUCUUCACUAUCAGCAUAAUGACAGUGAAGUGUGGCCUAAUGUGGUGGCCCCCAACACAGAGCUGGGGUGGUGCACUAAAUAUGACAGUCUUCCUGACCUGGGUGUUACUGACGUUGUUCAACUACUUUAAUGCUAUGUUCAGAGGUCCAGGCUUCGUUCCUCUUGAAUGGAAACCCAGUAAUGAUGCUGCAAAAUAUCUACAGUUCUGUGACUUCUGCAAUGGAUGCAAGGCUCCACGAUCUCACCACUGUCGAAAAUGUGAUAGAUGUGUCAUGAAGAUGGAUCACCACUGCCCUUGGAUCAACACUUGCUGUGGUCACUUCAACCAUGGCUUCUUUGUGUGGUUCCUGCUGUUUGCUCCAUGUGGCUGUAUUCAUGCAUUAUGCAUACUCAUUCCAUCUAUCUAUAGAGCAGUUAAUUUUCAUUACUACUACCGUCUCCCCAAUGAACCACUUGUAUACCUCAGUGUGCCAGCAUUUGUCCUGACUAUGUUCAGCGUAGGCUUGGCUAUUGGUGUUGUCAUAGCAGUAGGCAUGCUGUUCUACAUGCAGAUAAAGAGUGUCUUAAAAAAUGAGACUGCAAUAGAGUCGUGGAUUAUUGACAAGGCAUUAGAUCGAGAGCGUUCAGAUGAUGAGGGACCUUUUAUCUAUCCUUAUCAUUUGGGGUGGCGUCGCAACUUGAAAGAGGUCUUCACCAGAACAGGAAAGCCACGGUCAGAUGGUUUUGUCUGGCCUGUUGUGGAAGGAUGUAACCAGUAUACAUUGACUUUGGAGCAGCUGUACCAGAAGAUGGAGAAACGGGAACGAACCAUCCAGUGUGUGGUAGUAGAAAGCUACUCUGGUCAGCUUUUCCCUUGUACUAAGGGCUGCAAAGUUGCCUGCUGUGUGCCUUGCACGGAUGAGCCUCGAAUCACUUUGACUCCUGGGGAUAGGGUUCUUGUUACCCGAUGGAAAAAGCAUUGGCUGUAUGGUACCAAGAUGCUCUCACCAAAGGAAAGACAAGAAAAGUGUCGUAUACGAGGAUGGUUCCCAAGAAAAUGUGUAAAGGAAAUAGUUGAUGACAAUGAUAAUGUGAAUGAAAAGAAGGAUGCAUAAUAUCUCAUGAUCAACAGUUAAGCUGAUGUUGCCAAUUAUAAAACAUUGUGGGACAAAAUUUUGUUUUUCAUAUUUAAUAAUUCUUCAGAUUUACUUGUUUUGUGAUAGAAUGUGCCUUCAGAGAUAAACUUUUAAAAUUUAUUUUUAGCCUACACUCUGUGUUUGUUUGCAUGUGUAACUGUGAGCAUGUGUCUGUUAAAGAGAGCAUUAAUUGUGCGUUGAUCAUCGCUUUUUAUUUUCAAUAUAUAAAUCCCACACUUCAGACUGCCUUAAGCUAGCUGUUAUUCUUUAAUACAUCCGGUCCUACAUUUUUUCCACAUCAUUGUUUCAGAUGUUGACUUCAGGACUUUGCAUAGUCCUUUCUUUUUUUAAAUUAUACAAUUUGUGCUGUUGUUUGUUCCAUUUUAUUUAGUGGAUUGUACUGCUGCAGUAUAUUUGUUCUUCAGUCAUGGUUAGAGCGUAAAAUAAUUACAGUAAAAAGUGAACAUGCAAAGCAAGUGUGAUCACUUCUUUUCUUAUAACCUUAAACAAUUUGAGUGACUGGCAUAUUUUGAAGUGCUAAAAGCUUUUGGAUCUUUCAACUUAAACAGGCAUGUGUUAGCAACUCUGAAAAAACAAAUUGGAUGCAAUUUGCUUAAAAUUAAACUCUUUAUUUUUGUAAUUUAUUUCUUCCUUCACAUUUAUUUGAUGGAUGGUCACUUGAUGUGAUCAGUGACUGUAUCAUACAUUAUAAUUUACAAGUUUUAUGGUAAUUACAGCAUUUUCAAACCUGUUUUACACAACUGAAAGCUGUGUGCAGACUGUACCAAUCAAUCCAUUGUUUCUUUUGAAUCCAAUUCAUUGUUUAUGUAGGAAGUAAAAGCAGUUGAAAAAGGAUGAAAAAUAUUUGUAUUUUGGUAUCUGAGCAAUUUGGCAGAAUCAAUAAAGUUUUUGAAUUAUGCAUAAAAUAAUACAGGGAAAAAGAACUGCUGGUUUAAAAGUGUAUUGAUCAAACAAUGUUAAAGCAAAAAUAGAGAAAAUGUAAUUUAAAACACAAACUUCAACAAUUUUAAACAGAUUUCUAGGUUAUUUCUGAGUGGCAGCUAAAUUUAGCACUGGAUACAUCUGCUUCUGGCUCAGAUGAUUUUUUCUGCAGAACUGUAAUUUUGUCAUCUGAUCACAAUGUUUCAUAUAUGAAAGAACUGUAUGUUACAGUCUGUGUGUGUGUGCAUGUACAUGCAAGCAUAUUUGUAUGUUGUGGAUGCCUGUUCAUGUAUUGACAUUUAUAACAGAAUAUUUUUUCUUGUAAACCUUUUCAUCCAAAUUUACAAUGAUUUAAAUUUUUUUUCUUUUUGACUUCUGGGGUUGGAUAUGAGUGUAAUGAGAAUUAGAUACAACCCAAAAUCUGAAAUGGUUCUUACAUAUCAAAUACACAUGGUGUAAAAGUAUUUGGUAUCUAUUGCCAGUUAAGCAAAAAUUCCAUAUAUGAUUCAUUUUUCUUGUGUGUGCAAGAUAAAGUUAUUCUUAACUCUUCCCUUUCAGUUCGCACCCAUGAGUGUGAAUGUCUUCGUAGCUAUAGCAUUCAACUGUGUCAAUACACCAGUAUUGAACAAUUUAAAUAUUUAACAUAUCAGACAAAGAACAUUUAUGUUUGCUCAUUAAAGUUGUGUUAGUUUUGAAGACCAUGUUAUAGGUUCCUGUCCUUUUUAUCAGCCAUUUUUAGACUGGUCACUUGUUAAUAUUAUUCUAUUUACAUCCAAGCUGCAGCAGUGUGGGGGCUGUUUCUCAAAGGACAUUAUUUUUGAAAGCAUAUUUUAUAGCAAUUGUUUUGUUGACUUCAUAACAAAUGUGUUAAAGAUUCAUCUACAAUUUUUCCAGUGAUAACAUCUGUGAAGAUGUGUACUUCAAAUAGUCUUCUAUCUCCUUCAGAGCUGAAACAAACAUCAGCUUAUAAAUUCUGUACAUUGUCUGGGUUUGCAGCCAUCAUGACACUAUUUAGAGAUGAAUGUAGUCAUAUUUUAGAGGUUCUAAGAUGAACGUUUUCAAUUUCAGUGAUGAUCAACAAUAUUAGUUUUAUAUGUACUAUGCAUAGUCCAUGAUUUGCGAAGUAAAUAUGGUGUUUUAUGAGCACACUCAAAAUGCAAGUUAUUAGACUAGUAGGAAUAGAGCAUCUUCGAACCUUGGUCUUCUGUCUCACCAAACCAUUUUCCUCUAACACUUCUUCUUUCACCUGCACUGAGCAAGUUUGCUAUCAAGUUUGGAAAUUUUGGUAGGGAAUGGGCUAUACAGUAACAUACUUCAGGAGCAGGGUGAGCACUACACUGCUAGUGGGAUUAGUAGUCUAGUAGUCAGUUAAAAAUGCUUAUAAAAUGUUACCAGAUAGUUAUCUGGCCAGAAGCACACUGUAACCUGACCACAGAUCUGUAAUCUUUGAGCUUUACUUCUGGUUUUAACACAUUAAUCUUGAACAUAUGGUUUCUUAAAUCAGAUUUUAAUUUUCAAAAUAACAGCUCGUCAUUCAUGAUAGAGCCGUGCUUAUCCGUUACACUGAAUAAUGGUGCAGUACAAUCAUGUGCUCUUUCUUGUAAGUCGUCCAUCUUAAAGGAAAAGUGAAUUAAUGCUACGUUAGGUUUGUCUUCAGUCUUUUUUUAUGUUUUAAAUUGUGUGUCUGGGGUGGGGAGGAGGUGUUUACUACCGAAUUGUCAUUCCCAGACCAUUUCUCGAAUGACUACUUUUGCAUAUACAUUGUCAUGUGCGAAGUUAUAGUUAAAAACAAAAUUGAACUCUAUUCUAAAUUGUUCGAGAUGCAUUUGUGUGUAGUCAAUAAACUACAUUUUUAUGUAAUAAAACAUUUUUUCUGUUGUGACUUCCUUUAAGGAUGAGAUCUUGUAUUACAAUUUUUUAAUUUUCAGCUGGUCAAGGCAAAGCAGUAUAAAUAUGAGCUACAUUUUUUUCUAGACAGUGUUUGGAUUUAAUUGACCAAUAGCAAAUUACAGUGUCCGCUUAGAGGGUUCAGAUCAAUGGAAAUUAUAACUGUUGGUUAAGGACUACAUGUGAACAUAGCAUUGUGUUUAUGUCAGGUGUCAUGGAAGAUAUUCUUUUAACAUAUCUGAGUAUAAGAAAAUAUAAGAAAUGUAGAUCCUCUUAAAUCUUUGUUGGCUUAGUGCUUAUCCAUCUGCCUUUCUGUAGUUGUCUUGGUGUACUGGAUUGUGUCAUCAAGUUUUUCUUCUCUGUGUGCUUUCAGAAGAAAGAGCAGAAAGUGUGCCUACUGAUGUAUUAUUGUAGUCUUAGUUUUUUUAUUUGUAAAGCAUAAUUGAUCCUGCUGCAUAAAGGGGAGAUAUGCUCUAUAAAAGAGCUUUACUAUAAUGAAUUAUGUCAAACUAUUUUGUAAUUUAGUCCGCUUGUCUUUGAUUUCAGUAAUUCUAUGAUGAAAUAUGACUCUAUAACUUCUGAGAGCAAUAGUUGUGUUUUUCAAUUGUAUCACUGCACAUUCUAUUUAUGCGAUCAAAAUUGGUUUCAUCUUUUAGAACAAAUUUUGUUUUUAAUUUUGCUGUUGUAUGCACAAAGAGACACUGAGGGAGAAACCAUUUAAAGCAUACCAAUGCUUGAA